UUUUCAGUAACCCAUUUGAGUCUGAAUGGUUGAGUUCGCUCUCCAGUUUGACUGCCUUGUGUUGCUGAAUCUUAAACAAAAAUAUUCCAUAUCCAUUCGAUUUUUGUUUUAUACGAUAUUUCUCAACAUUGUCUAAUUAUUCAUUUUUUCAGACACAACAAAGUUAUAAUGGUAGAGUCAAAACCUAGACGUCGUUCUCGUUCAAGUAGCUCAAGUUCGGCUAGUUCAUCAACUAGUGGCUCUAGUUCAGGCUCUGGUUCAUCAUCCAGUUCAACAAGUUCUGCAUCACGUUCACCAACUCCUAAAAAGAGUCGUCCAGCUGCUGGACGGAGUGAGCGACCUGUUACAAAUCGCCGCUCACCACGAAGAGGUGCGAGGUCUCGUUCUCCUCGGCGUGUGCCUCAACCGAAGUCUGAAAAAAUUACUGUUAGUUCUUCACGUCGUUCACCGUCACCUGCAGCACGCCGUCGACAGGCAUCGCCACCACGUCAUCGGUCUCGUUCUCCUGUGCGUCGUUCACCUCCACGCCGUGAGCGUGAAAGACCAGCUGCUUCUCCACUGCGAGAACGUCGGGAACGUACUCCUGAACCACAACCGAAACGGGUUUGUGCUCGCAAUCUGAGCCGUAAUAUCACAAAGGCACAUUUGGAAGAAAUUUUCUCAUUGUUUGGUGUUAUUAAAUCUUGUGAAUUACCAAUGGAUCGUGUUCAUAUACACAUUCCUCGUGGUUAUGGCUAUAUAGAAUAUGAGAAGGCUGAGGAUGCAGAGAAAGCAAUUAAGCAUAUGGAUGGUGGCCAAAUUGAUGGGUUGGAAAUUCAGUGCGAAUUGACUCUUCCUUACCGUCCAGGUCGUGGCAGCUCUCCACUAGGUUCGUUUGGCGCCAACUUUGGGGGUACUAAGCGUGAUCGUUCUCGUUCUCCGCGCCGUAUGGGUGGCGCAAAUCGCAGUGGAGUAUCGCCUCCAGCACGUCGUCCUCGCCGAAGCCGUUCUCCACCUUCACGCAGCACUGGCGCAAAUUCUAUUCCGCUUGGAAAUGGUGGAGGAGGCCGCUUUCGUUCACCUCCAAGACGUUAA